AUGGCCGACAACUGCUGCUCCCCUUGCUGCCGGCCGUCUUGCUGCGUGCCCGUGUGCUGCAAACCCAUGUGCUGCGAGCCCGUCUGCUGCACGCCCGUCUGCUGCAAACCCACGUGCUGCCCCACCCCGUGCUGCCGCCCAGCCUCCCGCGUGGUUCUGCUCUGCCGCCCGGCCUGCGGUGCGCCCUGCGGGGCCGGCUGCGGCUCGGCCUCUUGCUGCCAGCCGGCUUGUGGCCGGGACAGUUGUGGCCAGGACAGUUGCUGCGGCUCGGUCUGCUGCGGGUCCGGCCCCUGCCAGUCCUCCUGCUGCCGACCGUGUUGCUGCACAACCCUCUCCUGCCGGCCCGUGGCGUGCGUGCCCGUCUGCCAUGGCCAGGUUCUCCAGGCCAAAGUAAAAAUCAUUUCUUGGAUAUGUACCCAGGAAAAAAGGCCUGCAGUAUUUGGAGGACAGAGUGUUCCCAAAAAGGCCCAGUAUAAGAGCCACCAAAGGGAGACGUCAUCUCAGUCAGUCAGUAACCCUCCAGAAACUCCAACCGCCGACACCAUGGCCGACAACUGCUGCUCCCCUUGCUGCCGGCCGUCUGGCCGCGUGCCCGUGUGCUGCGAGCCCGUGUGCUGCGAGCCCGUGUGCUGCACGCCCGUGUGCUGCGAGCCCGUGUGCUGCGUUCCCGUCUGCUGCGAACCCACGUGCUGCCCCACCCCGUGCUGCCGCCCAGCCUCCCGCGUGGCUCUGCUCUGCCGCCCGGCCUGCGGUGCGCCCUGCGGGGCCGGCUGCGGCUCGGCCUCCUGCUGCCAGCCGGCCUGCGGCCGGGACGGUUGCUGCGGCUCGGUCUGCUGCGGGUCCGGCCCCUGCCAGUCCUCCCGCUGCACAACCCUCUCCUGCCGGCCCGUCGCGUGCGUGCCCGUCUGCUGUAAGCCCGUGGCCCGUUGCCCCACCACCUGCUGCCCGCCGGCCUCCUGCCCUUCCCUGCUCUGCCGACCUGCUUGCCCCAGCCCUGCUUGCUGUUGA